AUUAACCUGUGACUGAGAAUGUCUCUGCAAGCAGAGGAUGAGGAUAGACCUAUUUCACCGCCUCAAGCUGGCCUCCCUACCCGUCCCCGGUCCAGCAGAGGGGACACCAUACUCUUCUCCCCGUCCCUGAUGAGCGGCACUAUCUCCUUGAACAGGAGCGAGGCGUCUAUUGGGGACAGAGUGACGCUGAGCUGGUCCAUUGGACAAAGAGAUGGAGAGGAGGACCAGCAACCUCCUUGUGAGAACGACUGGAUUGGAUUGUUCUCUGUGGACGACCUCAAUCCUGAGAGCUACCUGGAUCAUAAACUAAGAGGGCAGAACCUUGACAAUGAAGGAGAGAUACAGUGGAUACUGCUUGACAAUAAUCAACUCAGCAGAGAAGGGAGUCCAGUCUGUUUCUGUUUCUACACUAGUAAUAAUAUUCUUUUGGCUCAAAGUGAUCCACUUAUUGUCAUUGGAACGGCUGAGGCCACGCCCAAUGAAGAACACGCCCACCAGCCACUCUCGGUGGUCGUCCAAGACCUCAUUUCCAUAAAGAUUAGUGGUUUGUGUUGCCAUAACUUGAGAUUCAAGACCUUUGGUGCACCUGAUCCAUUUAUUAAAUUAUCGUUAACACCUGGUAUAGGAAGAGGAGGCAACAAGCUGCCCCACCACCGCCAGUCAGUAGUGACCCUUGUCAUUAACAACAGCUGCAAUCCAUCAUGGACCGAUGAGUUAUUCACAAUGACCGUCUUACCUACUGAUUGCUUGCUGGUCGAAGUGAGGGACAAGUUUUCAUUCUCUCGUCCGUCCGCCAGUCACUUUUUGGGAAAAGCUCUCAUUCCUUUGAGCUUCCUCUCAGAGACCCAGUCCUUGACUAAAAUUUACCAACUUCAGAAGCGUCUGCCUAGUGAUAGAGUCUCGGGCACUGUCUCCAUGACAAUAAGUAGUAACCUCACCGAUCUCCCCCCUUCAAUCACUGAAGGUGAUGAGUCCAGGGGACAGCUAUCACCAUUACAAGAGACACCUGAUGUUGAGUCACAUCAGCUACCGGAGAGGUCUUUAGACAGGAUACGUUACGUAAGGCGUACACUGACUGGUGAUCAUUAUCGGCGAGGUCGUAGGGAUCCUUCAGACAGACGCCAUUACUCUGUGAUCAUUCACAACUCUUCACCAGUGGGCAGGGCUAAUGGGCGGGGCAUUGACCUCACAUCCUGUGUAGUCAAUGGACAGAGUCAACCAGCAUCACCAGCACUGGAUCAAACUGAACCACUCGUCAGACCUCAUCAUCUUGGAUUGGAGCAGUUUAUGCAAAGGUCAUCUCGUAAUCAGGUCAUGCGUCAGAACAGUUGUCCAACUCCUAAUCGUAUCACACCCUCCCCUCGUCCACUGGUAAGCUUGGCAUCACAUCCAUUGGGGGCUCAUUCCCAUACUGCUGAGUCUCAUUCCCAUACCACCGAGUCUCAUACUAGAGAAAAUAAUGUAAUAUCUGAUGUGAUUGCUGAAGAUAGUACUGCAGCAAUUGAAGAGUCUAGUUCUACUACUGCAGUCCCUCACUCUUUAACUGAUUCUGCUGCAGUUCUUGAUUCUACUGUAGCACCCGAGUCCCUCAGUGUCCCCUCAGGGUCUACUGAGUGUCAUAUCACAGUUCAAUCUGCUGAUGCUAGUCCUCCAUUGACUCCAAUGUCUCCAGUGAUCAUUGUCUCUGAAGGAAGUAUCCUUGAUAAUAUGGAGACUCAUGAAGGCUCUACUGAUAAUACUGAUACCCCUCCCCCUCACCCCACUACCCUUACUCUCUCCUUAUCUACGGCAGCUCCUCCCAGUGUUUCACUUCCUACCUCAUCCACUAACAACAGGUUGGAUCUACCUUCUAAUGCUCUUGUCCGUAUGGACAGUGUUGAUGAUAGCAUGAAAGAUCAUCCUGGCUUUCUCUUUCUGACAAGAAACGACUUUUACGAAUUCGUUAAGUCCACAGGUAGUACAGUGUUUAUACAGGAUCUCCCAUUGUUGAAACUGGUCCAGUCGAUUAGAAGUGACCAUUCACUUUAUUCAAAAUACAGUCAUUCCUCUCGUCUUGUCUCGGCCAUUAAUUCAUUUGCUCAAACAGACUGCACUCUACCUGAUGGCUGGGAGAAGAGGCUAGACAAAGCAAGUCAGAAGGUUGUAUUUGUUGAUCAUAAUUCUAAAACAACAACGUUUAUUGAUCCACGCCUUCCAUUACCAGGGAAGCAACUCCGGAAAGCUGAAGACCAAGGAGUGAUGAGAAGUCGGCCGGUCCAGUCUGCCCAGCGUCCUCUCACUGGUAUAGAGUUUUCUCCAGUCCUUCAGUCUCUGCCUGAGAGAAGUGCCAGUACUCCAGUAGCUCCUGUUGCUGUACCAAUGACACCUGUUAUGGUUCAUGAUGAUGAUGAUAAUGAAAUACCAGUCCAAACUUAUAGUGCCAAAAUUGUCACAUUCCUGAGACAGUCUGACAUAUUCAAUGUCCUUGCUUCAAGAUAUGAGGGUACUCUUACUCCUGCUCUGAGGGAGAGCAUUGAGAGCAUUAGGACACUGGGUGUCCCUAGACUAGAGGCACUCCAGAAUGAAGCUGAUGAAGUCUAUUUGGAACUAACAAUAAUUCUAAGUUUGUUUGAGACUGAUAUAGAUCAUCAGUUGUUCUCUGUGGCUGCUAAUCAUCAAAUGUCGAGAUCCUCUCUCCCUCCUCCCUCCCUCACUCCUCCCCCUCCUCCCUCUCAUGCACGGACAGCACCACCUGAAAUGAACCUCGAUCAUAAUGACUAUAUGGGUAUUCCUCUAACUGAUAUUAUUGAGUUCUUCAAAGACCCUGGUGUCUAUCAUAAAGUCUUAUCAAGAUUUCACAGUAUAGAACCUUAUAUGAGGUUAUACAUUGACAGCUUCGAACACUGCUUAUCAUUUGAACUAGCAAUUGAGCUAAAUUCAAGCUCCAAUGCAAGACGAUUUGUAUUUGAUCUACGCGAAGAGAUACUAGCCAGUGUCAGAGAGAGAGAAGGAAAUAAUUUCCCACCAAAUUUCCCUACUGCUACUGAAGUGAGAAACUUUAUGUCACAGCCUAAUAUACUCUCACGCCUUACUCAACUGGAUGCUGAUGAAAGAUCAAUUGUCCAAGUGUGUGGUGCCUGGGACGUCUCUCUCAUUGAGUUUGAGCUAAACAGGACGAGUGUCUUACGUGAUCUUGUUGAGAGGAUUGCCGACUCCAUUAGAGAGUUCUCCUCUUCAUCGCAGCCUGCACCAAUAGGAGGCUCCUCACCUCCUACAGUACUCCAUAUACCAGCUCCUCCUCCUGUUCCCCCUGUUCCUCCUCCUCCUCGAGAUGAGGACUUUGUUAGAAAACUUCAACAGCUACAAUCUAUCCUCGAUAUUAACAAUUAUGGGAGUUAUGGUGAACUAAGACUAUCACUGAGAAGAGAUCACUUAUUAGAGGAUGCCUAUCGCUACAUUAUGAGUAAGUCCUCCAAAUCCUUGAGGACCAAGGGCUGUCACGUGACAUGGAAAGGAGAGGAGGGUCUGGAUUAUGGCGGACCUCAGAGAGAAUUCUUUUUCAAGCUCUCACGGCUAUUAUUCAAUCCUUUCUAUGGGUUGUUUGAGUAUACGACUCACGGGGCAUACACUGUACAGAUCAGCAGGCACUCGUCAAGCAUUGAUGAUGCUCAGUUAUGGUUUAGAUUUGCUGGUCGUGUCAUUGGUUAUGCUAUCAUUCAGAAUCAGUUGCUUGAUGUCUUCUUUGCCCGUCAUGUAUACAAGGCAUUGCUAGGGAUUCCUUAUACUGUCAGUGAUGUGGAGACUCUUGAUCUAAGUUUCUAUAACAGUCUCAAGUAUGUGUUAGAGAAUGAUCCUGCACCUUUAGAACUGACGUUUACCAUACUAGAAGAAUCAUUUGGUGAAGUAAUAGAGAAAGAGCUGAAGCCUGGUGGAGCUCAAAUACCAGUGACUGAAGAUAACAAGAAAGAAUAUGUAGAGCUGAUGACAACAUGCAAGCUAUCACAUGGUGUCCAGCAGCAGACAGAGUGUCUCAUUAAAGGACUAAGAGAAAUGCUACCAUUGCAAUACUUGAAGCCUUUUGAUGCAAGGGAACUGGAAUGGGUCAUAGCAGGUACUCCUGAAAUCAACAUGGAGGACUGGAAGAGCAACACACAAUACUGGGGAGGCUAUCACGAUACUCAUAGUGUAAUAGUUUGGUUCUGGGAAGCUAUGGAGUCUUUCACUAACGAACAAAAGUUGAGAUUCUUGCAAUUUAGUACUGGCACUUCUAGCAUUCCAUAUGAAGGCUUCAAAGGUCUGAGAGGAUCUUCACAGCAGAUACAAAAGUUUACAAUUGAUCGCUACACAGGCCCAGUGGAAUCACUCAUAAUUGCUCAUACUUGUUUCAAUCGCAUUGAUCUACCCCCAUAUCGGUCACUUGAAGAAAUGAAGGAGAAACUUUUAUAUGCAUUUUUAGAAACGGAUACAUUUGAGACCGCUUAGCCAGUCAAUUUUUUUAUUAUCGUUUUA